GAGCUUUAACACUUCAGCACCUGCUGUGGGAAGCUGUGUGAGAGCCUCGGCUCUGGCUUUUUCCUCCUGCUUUGGGUACCGCAACAACCGCAACCGUGUCUCGCCAAAGGGCCAAGAUGUCCAAAGUCGCCAAAUAUCGGCGACAGGUGAGCGAAGAUCCGGACAUCGACAGCUUGCUGUCAACUCUGUCUCCGGAGGAGAUGGAGGAGCUGGAGAAGGAGUUGGAUGUGGUGGAUUCCGAUGGAAGCAUCCCUGCGGAGCAGAAGCAAGCAGACGUGGCCCCGGGCGGCACGCAGAACUGCGAUGCGGUGCUCAACCACCACGGGAAGGAGCCCAGGAAGCGCCUCCAAAGGGAGCAGGCGGUGGAUGAAAGCAGGCUGGACGAGAAGAAGGAAGUCAAGAAUGGAGAAGAGAAGGGAAAGGAAGCUCCUGCCAAAGACCUGGCCAGAAAACGCGAUACAGGAGUGGGGAAAGAGUCUAAGAAGGAAGAAAGUGCCCAAAAGACGGAGCCGAAAACUAAAGGGGAGGCUGAGAGCAAAACCAAGGACAGGAAAGCCAUCAACGACAAGGUGAAGGCCAUGGAGAACAAGCUGAUGGGCAAGGACAAGAAGGAGGAAGAGAAGGGUUCAAUGGCAAAGAGGGAUGCGGAGAAGGACAAAAAGGAAGAGAAGGGCUCAGCGUUAAAGAAGGACGCGGGGAAAGAUAAAAAGGAGGAGGAGAAGGGCUCAGCACUGAAGAAGGAUGCAGGGAAGGAUAAAAAGGAGGAAGGGAAGGGCCCGGCAGCAAGGAAAGAGACAGAGAAGGAGAAAAAGGAAGAAGAAAAGAGGUCGGUAUUGAAGAAGGUCACCGAGAAGGACAAAAAGGGGGAAGAGAAGAGCUCGGGAUCGAAGAAAGAGGCAGAAAAAGACAAGAAAGGGGAAGAGAAGAAAGAGAAGGAGAAAAAAGAAGAGGAGAAGAGCUCAGCUUCGAAAAAAUCCGAGGCGGAUGGGAAGGAGAAACAGCAGCCCGAGGCGGAGGGGAAGGAGGAGCCCAAGGCAGCGGCACAGAGCAGCCCCACAUCCACCCCCAGCAGCGCCCCGGAGCAGCCCAAGGAGGACGAGGCGUCCAGCAUCUUCGACGAGCUCAUCGAGAAGGUGAAGAACAACGACGCCGACGUCACCGAGGUGAACGUGAACAACUCGGACUGCAUCAACAACGAGACCUUGGUGCGCUUCACCGAGGCGCUGGAGUUCAACACCGUGGUCAAGCUGUUCGCCUUGGCCAACACCCGCGCCGACGACCACGUGGCCUUCGCCAUCGCCAUCAUGCUGAAGUCCAACAAGGUGCUGACCAGCAUCAACCUGGACUCCAACCACAUCACGGGGAAAGGCAUCCUGGCCAUCUUCCGGGCGCUGCUGCAGAACGACACGCUGACGGAGCUGCGCUUCCACAACCAGCGGCACAUCUGCGGGGGUAAAACGGAGAUGGAGAUCGCCAAGCUGCUGAAGGAGAACACCACGCUGCUCAAGCUGGGCUACCACUUCGAGCUGGCCGGGCCCCGCAUGACCGUCACCAACCUGCUGAGCCGCAACAUGGACCGGCAGAGGCAGAAGCGCCUCCAGGAGCAGAAGCUGGCGCAGGAGCGCGGCGAGAAGAAGGACCUGCUGGAGGUGCCCAAGGUCGGAGCCCCCAAGGGGUCCCCCAAGGGGUCCCCGCAGCCGUCGCCCAAAGCGCCCCCCAAAAACUCUCCCAAGAAGGGGGGAGCGCCCGCCGUGCCGCCCCCACCUCCUCCUCCGCUCGCCCCGCCGCUCAUCAACGAGAACCUGAGGAACUCGCUCUCGCCGGCCACGCAGAGGAAGAUGGGGGACCGGGCGCCCAUGCAGGAGAAGAGCUCACGAGAUCAACUCCUGGCGGCCAUCCGCUCCAGCAACCUCAAACAGCUCAAGAAGGUGGAACUACCAAAGCUGCUGCAGUAGGGAGUGAGACGCUCGCCUUCCUCGUGACUCUCGCCGUGCCAAGCCCUUGGGGACCCUGCAGUGACCGACGCCGAGGAGCAGAGAUCUCUCUGGGACUGAUGGAGGAAGGGCCGGGCCCGAGGAGGGCCGGCGUGGUGGUUGGCCACGGCGCGUGAGAAAGACCUCGUAUUUAUUGUUUGUACAGUUGUGAUCCCUCAAGCUCUUUCUGUUGCCAGCACAGCGCCCCGCACUGCUUGGGGACGCCGAGGACGGAUGGGGGGGGACUGGCAGAGUGUCCCCUGCCACAUCCCACCCCGAUGCAGGGAGAGGGGCAGAAGGGAGGUGGCAAUGGGGCUGGGGGUGCCAUUGGGCCAGAGGUGCACUGAGGGGCUGCGUCCCCCAGCCCCAUCCAGCCUGAGGCGAGCGGAUGGGGACAGGUGGGCCAUGGGGACGUGGUCAUGGCGUGUGUCCCCAUGGGGUCCCCAUGCUGCCAGGAGGGUGAUGGAGUGAACACUGGGUGGUGCAGGGGGAGGGAUUUGGGGAGGUGGUGAAGAGCUGGAGCAGGAGAGGGGGUCACAUCUGGGGGUGUCCCCAGGGCUGUCCCACCCCUGCAGGACAUGAGACCCGACCUCUCCUACCGGACAUUUGUCCCCAUGCAGGGACUGAGUGCUCCAUGGAACUUAGUGGGGGGGGGGGAUAGCAGAAAGGGAUAACACUGUCACCUGUAGUGUCACUCACAGUGUCACUCCACCAACCGUGGGCAUACGUUUGGGGCCGCAGUGCCUGCCCUGGUGCAAAGCCUCGCUCGUGGUCUGUACACCCGCGGCCACCGCAUCGGCAAUAAAGCUUCACCCAACGCUUCA